GAUCGAUUUGAAUUGAUAGGAAUAGCCAAAUAUGAAAAAGUUGUUGUUGAGAGAGUUGUUGUUAGGAAAGUUGUUGUUGGGAGAGUUGUUGUUGAGAGAGUCAUUGUUAGAAAAGUUGUUAUUGGAAGAGUUAUUGUUAGAAGAAUUGUUAUUGGAAGUGAGAGA